AUGCCUGACAUCACAAUGCUACCAAGUUAUCCACCGGCCUUGGAUGGUCAACAAGGCGACGAGGCUAUUCCCAGCCAUCCUCUAGGUGUGAAACCUAGUGGAAAUGCUCUGCUAGCAACAUGGAGUCUUCGCGAUGCCAUAGGAACUUUCCGGCUUUUACCCGACGAGUUAAUCCUGUUGUUGCUGGAACACUUGGACGGUUCGAGUCUACUGGGGAUCGGGCGCACCUGCAAGGCCUUUUACGCAUUCACCCGUGCGGAGGAGUUGUGGAAGGCACUAUUUAUCCAAUCCCCAUUGGAUAACUUUACAUGGAGAGGGACAUGGCGAUCGACAUAUCUCAACCUGCCUCCUUCAAAAGUCCCCACCAUCGACUGCUCUCAUCUCUACUCCGACGUACUUUACCGACCUUUCAAUUGCGCGCAUAUCGCGCUUGACCCCUAUGUCACCAAGAUCCCACCGCGUAACCAGAUCCCGCGCUUACCAGAUCUUUCCGUCGAGGACUUCCACGAAGAAUGGGCCGAUCGGCCUUUCAUCUUGACCGAACCGGUUAAGGCCUGGCCAGUCUACAAGGACUGGACUAUCGGGUCACUGCUCUCUCAACAUGGGCAAGAGAAGUUCCGCGCAGAGGCCGUCGACUGGCCACUGACUACCUAUCGCGACUACAUGGCGGACAACUCUGACGAAAGCCCAUUGUACUUGUUUGACCGCGCUUUCGUCCCAAAGAUGGGACUGGCCGUCGGCCCCCCUCAGUCGACCCCCAAUGCGGCAUACUGGCCACCAGCAUGCUUUGCGGAAGACUUCUUCUCAGUACUCGGCAAGGACCGGCCCGACCACCAGUGGCUGAUCGUGGGCCCCGAACGUUCGGGCAGCAAGUUCCACAAAGACCCUAACGCGACGAGCGCCUGGAAUGCGGUGCUGCGUGGGCCGAAGUAUUGGAUUAUGUUCCCAUCGGGCGAUAAGCGAGCUCCACCACCGGGUGUCUACGUGUCUGACGAUCAGAGCGAAGUGACAUCGCCAUUGAGCAUUGCCGAGUGGUUACUCAACUUCCACGCAGAGGCUCGACGCACCCCAGGGUGCAUGGAAGGAAUCUGUGGCGAGGGCGAGAUCCUACAUGUCCCAUCGGGCUGGUGGCAUCUGGUGGUCAACUUGGAGCCGUCUAUCGCGAUCACGCAGAACUUUAUCCCUCGCGCGCAUCUUUGCGCUGCGCUAGAUUUCUUGUCCAACAAGGCAGACCAGGUCUCUGGGUUCCGGAAGAAUGUCGAGAACCCCUACCAGAGAUUUGUGGAUGGAAUGCAAGAGGCUUACCCAGAUCUUUUAGCGCAGACCCAAGAGGAGCUCCAGAAGAAAGCCGAUGGGAAAAAGCGCAAGUGGGAUGAUAUUGUUCAUAGCAAGACCGAGGAAGACCAAAGUGGCGCAGGAGGGUUCAGCUUUGGAUUCGGAGAUGACAGCGACGUCGAAGUCCCUUGA